CAUACUGAAAAGCAAACCAGAGUCCCCAAUACUACACAAUCAAUUAGAAUCAGAGCAAUGGAUGUUCUCAGAUUCACCUCAAACCUUAGCACCACUCACAUGCUUCCACUCUCCAAAAGACAUCAAACACAACAUCCUCGUAUGAAGUUUUCCGUUUCAUGCAGAGCCACGAAACAGCAGACGUGUGUGGAGGAGAACUUGUACAAGGUACUAAGUUUGAGUCCCAUGAGUGCGACCACAGAUGACAUAAAGAAAGCGUACAGAUCAAUGGCUCUUCAGUUCCACCCCGACGUGUGCCAUGACGGUUCCAAGAAAGAAGAGUUGACGAGGAUGUUUGUGCAGCUCAACGCCGCCUACACCACCUUGUCCAACCCACAGCUUCGAGCGGAUUAUGAUUAUGAGUUGGGUUUGAGAAACAAGAAAAGUGUGGGUGAUGAGAGCUGGAGAUGUAGGUGGCAGGAGCAGGUGGUUGGGUUGAAGAGAAGGUCUCACACGCGU